AUGAAAUCUAACUCAUUAAAAUCGAAAACUAUUUUAUCUUUCUUCUCAUCAGCUGCAACAAAAAAACAAAAACUUGAUGGUUGCAAACCGAACUUUUCAUCAAAAUCUGCAGAAACAGAAACGAGACUUGUUUCCUCUGAAGGAUCAAACUUACUUUCUGCAAUUGUUCCCAUUAAUGAUAUGCAUGCUGAUUCAAUUUCUACUUGUAGUCAUCAUGUAUCUAAUUUAUCAUCAACAAUAACAUCAUGUUCAUUACGCAUUAACAGUAACCAUUCAUUCCUUGAUUCUACAUCACAUCCUGUUUCAUCAUCUGUUCCAUCACCUUUAUUACCUACUGAUAAUUAUCGUUCACUAACAGAUUCACCUUUACAACCUGUUUCACCACUAUUACCCUUAUUACCAUUAUUUCCUAUUGAUAUUAGUCGUUCGUCAGCUGAUCCACCAGCACAGCCUAUAUUACCAUCAUAUAAAUUCCAUAGCGAUAAUCGAUCAUUUAAAAAGCAAUGGUUCAUUAAUCGACCAUGGUUUGAGUACUCGAUCGAUAGUGAUCGAAUUUUUUGUUACUAUUGUAGACAUUUCGGUUCAACAAAUAAUAUGAUUAAUAGGAAUCAAAGUGAUGCAUUCUUGAGAGGUUUUAAUGAUUUGAAAAUUGCACGUGAGAAGAAAAAGGAUUAA